CAAAAUGUGGUUCUAUCUGGUGACCCUUGUGGGCCUUUACCACCUUCUGCGUUGGUACCGUGAGAGUCAGGUGGUGAGCCAUCUCCAAGACAAGUAUGUCUUCAUCACGGGCUGCGACUCGGGCUUUGGAAACCUGCUGGCCAGACAGCUGGACAGGAGAGGCAUGAGGGUGCUGGCUGCAUGUCUGACAGAGAAGGGAGCCGAGGAGCUGAGGAACAGGACAUCAGACAGGCUGGAGACAGUGAUCCUUGAUGUCACCAAGACAGAGAGUAUUGUGGCAGCCACUCAGUGGGUGAAGGAACGAGUUGGGAACAGAGGACUCUGGGGUUUGGUUAACAACGCAGGCAUUCCCCCGGAAUUUUCCUACCUUGAGUGGCUACAACCUAAGGACUCCAUGGCUGUCUUUCAAGUGAACCUCAUUGGUCUGGCCCACAUGACGCUGAGCAUGCUUUCCUUGGUGAAGAAGGCUCAGGGCAGGAUUGUCAACGUCUCCAGUGCUUUGGGAAGACUCGCUUUUUUUGGAGGAUUCUACAGUUGCUCCAAGUACGGGGUUGAAGCGUUUUCGGAUAUACUAAGGCGUGAGAUUCGAAGUUUUGGGGUGAAAGUCAGCAUUAUUGAACCUGGGAACUUCAGAACCAGAAUGACGGACACAGAGCUAAACAUGGAGAGAAUCAAGAAAGUCUGGGAAGCAGCCCCUGAGCAUGCCAAGGAAUCCUAUGGACAGCAGUUCUUUGACCAUUUUUGCAGAGUCACCAGAGAAGGCUUGAUGAAGAGCUGCGCUGACCUGAGCCCAGUCAUCAACUGCAUGGAGCAUGCUCUGACCUCUGCGCAUCCACGCACCCGAUAUUCUGCUGGCUGGGAUGCCCGGCUUAUCUUCAUCCCUCUAUCUUAUUUGCCUACGUCACUGGUAGACUACAUACUAACCAGAUCUAUACCCAAGCCAGCUCAAGCAGCUUGA